UCUCUCUCUCUCUCUCCCCCCCUUUCUCCUCCCCUCCAUCUCCGCCGCUCUAGCUGCCCCCAUUAAAAAAAAAACUCAUUCUCCCACAUUCUCUCUCUGCAAAAAAACACGCAUUUUCUUCACCCACCAUCGUCCGCAAAUGCCCACUUAAAACCCUAACACAACACCCAAUAAAUACUCUAUUUUUGAAAAUUUACUUUCAUUUCUAUCGACGAUUUUCUUGCACUGUCUUGUGAAGAUGAACAAACCCCAUCUGGGUUUUGUCUUUGUUUGUAUGUUCUCUGUUUUUCUCUCUGUUCGCUCUCAGUCCAGUGCCACAGAUGCUUCAGUAAUGCAAGACCUCAAGAGAAGUCUCAACCCAUCGAGUUCACUCGGCUGGACUGAUCCAGACCCAUGUAACUGGGAAAAUGUUCACUGCGCUAACGACAAAAGGAUUACGAAGAUCCAAAUAGGGCGUAAAGAGCUCACUGGGUCUCUCCCUUCAAACCUCAACAACCUCACUGCUCUAAAGGUAUUGGAAGUUCAAGUGAAUCAACUCACUGGGCCACUCCCAAGUUUGUCCGGGUUGAGUUCACUCCAAAGCAUCGUCCUCAGUGACAACAAUUUCUCAGCCAUACCCUCUGAUUUCUUCAAUGGUAUGACUUCUUUACAAUCAGUUAUUCUCGACAACAAUUUCUUCACUUCAUGGGCUAUACCAGAGAGUCUCAAAAGUGCUUCAACUCUCCAAACUUUCUCGGCCAUUUCGGCUAAUAUUUCCGGGAAAAUCCCUGAUUUUCUUGGCCCUGAUAUAUUUGUUGAAUUGACAAACUUGCGUUUGUCUUUCAAUUAUCUUGAAGGUGGACUGCCCUCGAGUUUUUCAGGGUCUUCCGUUCAAACUUUCUGGUUAAAUGGCCAGAAAGGUAUUUCUAAGUUGAAUGGCACAAUUGAUGUUCUACAGAACAUGACAGAAUUGUCUGAAGUUUGGUUACAUGGAAAUUCAUUUUCUGGCCCUUUACCGGACUUUUCUAAGUUGAAACAAUUGCAGAAUUUGAGUUUGAGGGAUAAUAGGUUUACUGGUCCAGUACCUGCCUCUUUGGUAGAGCUUCCUUCGCUUAAGGUUGUUAAUCUAACUAAUAAUAUGCUACAAGGACCAACUCCAAAGUUUAACUCCUCUGUUCAAGUAGAUAUGAAUAGUGGGACUAAUAGUUUUUGUUCAAAUGAUGCUGAUGUUGAUUGUGAUCCUCGUGUGAAUACUUUGCUUUCCAUUGCGGAAUAUGUGGGUUACCCAACUACGUUUGCGGAGAACUGGAAGGGUAAUGAUCCAUGCACGCCCUGGUUCGGGUUAGCUUGUACUAGUAGGGAUAUAACUGUGGUGAAUUUUCCAAAAAUGGGUCUUAGCGGCACAAUUGCUCCUAACUUCUCCUCAAUCGCAUCAUUGCAAAGAUUGAUUCUAGCCAGUAAUAAUCUUACGGGUACUAUUCCAAUUGAGCUUACCACUUUACUUAACCUUAAAGAAUUGGAUGUUUCGAACAAUCAGCUGUAUGGUAAAAUUCCAUCAUUCAGGAGCAAUGUGCUUGUGAAAACUGAUGGCAAUGUCAAUAUUGGGAAGGAUACUCCUCCUCCAACAGCACCAGGGACACCUACGGAUAAUAAACCAGGCUCAUCUGGGGUUGGUGGUACAAAUGCUCCUGGAAAUGGUGGCAAGAAAUCUUCUCCGGGCAUGUUUGUUGGUUCAAUUGUUGGUGGUGUUUGUUGUGCUGCUGUUUUGUUUGUUGUGUUAUUUGUCUGGGUUUACAGGGCCAAACGUAAGCGUUCUGGUGGUGUACAGUAUCAAAAUACCAUGGUGAUUCAUCCCCAUCAUUCGGGCUCUGAUGAUGCUGUUAAGAUCACGGUGGCUUCAAGUGUUUAUGGUGGGGCAAGUGAAACUUACAGUCAUGGAAGUAGUGGACCAAGUGACAUUCAUGUUGUUGAGACAGGAAACAUGUUGAUUUCCAUCCAAGUUCUGAAGAAUGUGACCAACAAUUUCAGCGAGGAGAAUAUAUUGGGAAAAGGUGGAUUUGGAGCUGUUUACAAAGGGGAGCUGCAUGAUGGGACCAAGAUUGCUGUUAAGAGGAUGGAGUCUGGAGUCAUGAGCGAGAAGGGUUUGGAUGAGUUUAAGUCUGAAAUUACUGUCCUAACUAAGGUUCGACACAGGCAUUUGGUUGCACUUCUAGGGUAUUGCUUGGAUGGAAAUGAAAGGCUACUUGUUUAUGAAUACAUGCCUCAGGGGACUCUCAGCCAGCAUCUGUUUAACUGGAAAGGAGAGGGGUUGACGCCACUUGAAUGGACAAGAAGGCUGAUCAUUGCGUUGGAUGUGGCCAGAGGUGUUGAAUAUCUACAUGGUUUAGCGCAACAAAGCUUCAUUCACAGGGAUUUGAAACCAUCAAACAUUCUUCUGGGAGAUGAUAUGCGGGCUAAAGUUUCUGAUUUUGGACUUGUGCGUCUUGUUGAUGGUAAAGCUUCAGUCGUGACAAAACUAGCUGGAACUUUUGGGUAUCUUGCACCUGAAUAUGCAGUGACGGGACGAGUGACCACUAAGAUUGACGUGUACAGCUUUGGAGUGAUUCUAAUGGAGCUGAUUACAGGAAGAAGAGCGCUAGAUGAAACCCAGCAUGAGGAGAGCAUGCAUCUUGUUCCAUGGUUCCGUAGAAUGAACCUCUACAAGGACUCAUUCCAAAAGGCCAUAGACCCGGUGAUUGAUCUGGAUGAGGAAACUUUUGCUAGUGUCACCACUGUUGCUGAGCUGGCUGGCCACUGCUGUGCAAGGGAACCCUACCAGAGGCCCGAUAUGGGCCAUGCUGUCAAUGUGUUGUCAUCUCUCACUGAGCUCUGGAAACCAGGAGAACCUGAUCCUGAAGACGUUUAUGGAAUCGAUUAUGAUAUGACAUUACCACAAGUGGUCAAGAAAUGGAAGGCUCUUGAAGGAGUUAGCGGCAUUGAUGGUUCUUCAUCUUAUCUUGGUAGCAACAACAAAACCCGAGUUAGCAGCAUUGAUUGUUCUUCAUCUUAUCUUGCCAGCAGCGACAACACCCAAACCAGCAUACCUACUAGGCCAUCUGGUUUGGCAGAUACAUUUGCAUCAGAUGAUGGACGGUGAAGAAACAGGAUCAAUGGACAGUAGGGUUCUUGUUAAUGGCUGGCUCAUCAGAGGUUUGGUUUGUUAAUGUUAUUUGUUUCUGCCUUGCUUUUCUCCUUUGUGGUGGUUCUUGCAAGGUUUAUUAACCUUUCCUAUACUUUUGGGGAGUUUCUUUUGCCCUUGUAGAUUGGAUAGCUUUUACUUCCCUCCUUUUUCUGCCUAGAACUUCAGAGGUGCAAAUAGAUAGAAUUA